AUGCACGCGGUACUGUGGGAAGCGAUGGAAAAGAUGUUAUUGGGAAUCAUUUUGGGGGCUAGAGAGGUCCGCACUGUAGGAUGUGUCGAGGGUUUAUUGAUAUUAGCAGAAUGGGUUCCUCAUGCGGAUGCUAGUCUGUCAAACAUCUCUCAUAAAGGAAACGGAGGCCUGGCGGGCACUGAAGACACUGCUGCAUGGACUUUGGUAGGCCUCGCUGUACGGCAGGCGUACCUACUCCAUCUCGACAAGUAUGCUUUUAGAGGAGAUGCAUCUGAAGUUGAGAACGCCAACUUGCACAGAAAGAGACUAGCCUGGACAUUCACGUACAUUGCUGACCGCCAGAUCAGUAUUCGUAUGGGGCAGGCUUUCUGGUGCCGAGGCCCGUCAUUGGCCACUAAGUUCACGGCAAGCGACUUUCCCACUCUUCAACCGCAAAAUGCAUAUGAAGACGACUAUGCAUCCGUUUUGCAAUCUCAGCUUGAACUCACUGUUCUUUUUGGCAAUAUUCAUGACCUCCUUUACGCAAGCAAGCCUCGUACGAUUAGCCUCAUGCUUCAAGGAGACUAUACAAAAUACUUGGACGACAGCGUGCAAGGUCUUGCCGCUUGGAAGCAGAAUUGGAACCAGCUGGACGUUGGGGCCCACCUGAAGCUUCUGCUGGAACUGAAAUAUGAGUAUCUCAGGCUAUAUGUGCACGGCUUCGCCUUCCAAGCCGCUAUGAGCCGAACACCGAGUACACCACCUAAUCACAGUGGCGUCAAGCUUACCUCUCGAUUUCCUCACGGUGUUCUUGCGACGCCAGACGGACGGCACAUUAUGCUCGGCAUCAGCGCCGCAAAGUCUGUCCUCACUAUGCUUGGACACCGGAUAAGCCCUACACGACAUCUGAGAUACCUGGGACCUAGGUUCUAUCUCUAUGCGAUUCACUGCGCUGUCUUUCUAUAUAAAGCAGCGUCCUAUGGAGCUAUUGGAACGGAAGGACGUAACGAUUGCGUCAAUAUCAUUCAACGAUACAUCGAUAACCUUGGUGUUGCAGCAUCAUGUGAACGACACAUCGCCGCGCGCCACUCUGCUCUAUUGACCAGUCUCUGGAUCAGGAAAGAAGCCCGUGACCCGCCACCCAACGGCGAAGCGGUAACGACGACUACAGAGAAUACUCAACCAUUUACUCCAGAUCCUCCAAUGCCAUCCAUGUCUGAUCAAGCAACUAAUUCAUUGACCACUCCGGAACCCAACAACACGCAGAGUUACUUGCCAAAUUUCACGGGAAUAAUGGCCCCACCCCCACGCUACUCUAUCGUGCCUCCAGAGUCUUUCGUGACAGGUCUAUACGGAACAAACCAGCAGUUCAACGAAUUCGACAUCUACAAUUUCAUGGAUCUUGGCGCUUACGGAGAGCCAGAUCUGAGGAAUCUCAUCCAGAGUGUGCCUUUUGAUGAGUAA